AAUACGGUUCAUCAGAAACUUCGUGCGGUUAAUUACACCACAUGUACAUGUAUAUGUAUUUAUUCUUAUGAGAUAACAGUGUUAUAGUGUAGAAAUAUAUCCGCUUUUCAUUGUUAAUUCAACUGAAACAUUAUCUUGUUGAACCUAUAUAUUUACAAGUGAUACAGUAAUGUAAAGUUAAAACGGUUUACAUUGUUUUAUCAUUCAUCUAUGACUGCGGAUAUUAGCUUAUGAAAAUCAGUAUUACAUUUUUGACGACUGUAUUGAUUAUCAAUUACAUUUAGAGGUUGUGAUCGGAUAAUAACUCAAAAUGUUUAGUUUACGUUCAGGCUUUCUGAUAUUAACGGUAACCGUGCCAAUAGCAUUAGCGGCUAACGACACGCUCUUUAAAAUUCCAAUUUUGGAAGCAGGUGAAAUAUACAUGAAACAGGUAGUUAAUUCACGGCUAAUGGACAUAUUGCCGAGUUAUAUGAAUUUAUAUUCUCCAUUAUUCUACAUUCAAGCAAUAGUGUUAGGAGUUCUUGGAUAUUUCCUAUACGGAAUUAUUUUCCGGCCGAUUGACCGGAUACGGGUUUUAGGCGAUGUUGGGUAUCGACCAGACGGAAAAUUUACUAAAAAGGAGAUAGCGAGGAGUGUGAAAAAGCGAAGAGUCGUGGGUGAAAUACCCCCAGUAUACCCUAAUGGCUGGUUUGGCGUAAUAGAAAGUUGGAAACUUAAAAGGGAACCAGUAUACGUCUCAGUUCUUGGUGAACAACUUGUUGUAUUUAGAGAUGAGAAAGGUGAAGCACACAUACUGGACGCUUAUUGUCCACAUAUGGGAGCAAAUUUAGGAGUCGGAGGCCGAGUUGUAGGUGAUUGCAUAGAAUGUCCUUUUCAUGGAUGGAAGUUCAGAGGUUAUGAUGGAAAAUGCACCGAGGUUCCGUACAGUGAAAAGGUUCCAGAUUUUGCCAAAAUUAAGGCUUGGACUUCAGCUGAACUCAAUGGUUGGGUACACAUCUGGUAUCAUGCAGAAGGGGUUGAACCUACGUGGAAAAUACCGGAACUUAAAGAGAUAACGAGCGGGACUUGGCAGUUCAAGGGCAGGACUGAGCACUAUAUAAACGCACAUAUAGAGGAAAUCCCAGAGAAUGGCGCAGAUGUAGCUCACUUGAAACAAGUUCACGAACCUUUGAUGGCUGCCGGUACCGACCUGACUAAAAUGUGGAGCAAAUAUUUCAGCUGGGGUCAGCAUAUAUGGCAAGCAAGCUGGCAUCAGCUACCGAGCCCUGAUGAACAUGUUGGCUGUAUGACAGUAGACCAUGAUCUUAAAUGUUUCGGGUUCAGUCUUCCUUUUGUGAAAGCGCACGUGACAGCAUUACAGAUUGGCCCUGGAAUUGUUUAUUUAACAAUUGAAGGCACGCCUUUUAAAGGAGCAUGGUUACACUACUUGACACCGGUAGAACCAAUGGUACAAAAACUAGUACACAAUGUUUAUAUGCACUGGUCAAUUCCAAAUAUCAUCGCUAAAUUUUUCAUGUACACCGAAGCCAUACAGAUAGAGAGAGAUAUGAUGAUAUGGAAUAAUAAAAAGUUCCAGGCCAAACCGGUGUUCACUCGAACCAAAGAGGAUAGUCUCAUCAGUAAACACAGACGAUGGUACUCCCAGUUUUACUCAGAACACAGCCCGAGGUUGAACUUUCAGAAGGAUACUCUCGACUGGUGAUGUCACGUGAUUGUAUGUCUGUCUGUAAGGAUAUGUGACGCCCCUAUAACUGAUCAUGUUAUAGUUGAACAUAUGAGAUGAUAAAAAUGUCUAU